AUGGAUGGUGACGAAACAGACUACGAAACUAUCUCCUCCGCUGAGAGUGAGGCUGACGAGCAUGUGGCCGACGAGCAAGAGGCUGACGAGCAUGAAGCGGAACCUGGUACCCCAGUUUCUCCAGGAUCGAACGCCGAAAACCCUUUUGUUGUAGACGAUGAUCCCAGCUUAGCCGAUGAGCCCAACUUAGCGGACGAACCUCCUCUCUUCGUUGAGGACGCCCCUCAGUUCGUCGAAGAGGUGACUGAUGGGGAUUAUGUUAACGAUGAGGAUGGACAGUCAAGUGGGAGCCAAAGCAGCAGCAAUGAGUCCGAGUCAGAAGAUUCCCAAACCGAUGCUUCAUCCGAAGGACAGGAUCAGAACAAUGUCUUUGAUUCAGACGCUGAAGAGCCUCCUUGGAGUUUGGUGCAUUGCCAGGAAUUCUGCCAGCCACACUGGCAGAGGAUUCACAACAAAUCCUACAGAAGAAAGUGCAGAAUCAUACGGCUUACACAGGAAUACCGCCGAGUUCAAAGAGAGAAUCGCGAGCUUCGAGCAGAAGUCGAGGACCUCAGGGCCCGCUUGGCAGCUCGUAGGCAAGUUCGCGGACGAUACAAGGCGACAUGGUAUCAGCUUUACCGCCUGAGGGAUAAUAGGCAAAAUAUGCCGAACGGAAGGGCUAUCUCAUGGGCACAAAUCUACAAGAAAUCUUGCCUAGAGGGGAACAUGAGCCAAUUACUCACUUUCGUCCACCCGAGACUUAAGUUGAGACCGCCAUGUCCUCGAGAUGAACAAAGCACACCUCGAGAUGAACAAAACACAACCCGCACUGAGGAGGAGCCAUUCGUCUCCUGGGUCUGGGCUCGUCUCCCAGCAGGCGUUCAAUUGGAGGUGCUCCGACAUCUUCUAGUUUUCACGGAUGGCCCGAUUCAUGCCAUAUCUAGACUUGACCCUUAUAAUGAACCCCCGCAACCGCCGCGGAAUUGCCUGGGGAAAAUCAGCUACUUGCAUCGCUUUCAUAUUGGGAUUAGAUCUGUGAGCUUGACAUAUGCUCUCAACCCCCAAAAGGUCUUGGCUCCGCUGAGAGGUCGCUUCGCGAAGGGGAUCGGCUCACGACUCCAGCGUGUUCAGUCCAUUUCCCUUCUUUGGAAGGGAUCCCAGUAUCUUACCUUCAAGCCUACAGAACAUGGCCAUUGGUCGUCUCGGCGUACUCAUCCUUUGCUUUGGUUGAGUGAGGCAAAGCACCUGCUGAAUGUGGAGUUCUUCCUGCAAGAAUCUCAUCCUGAAGUCAUGAGACGAAAGCACGAACCUCGGGCACUCAUCAACCACAUGGCCGAGAAGACCAAUCUGCAGCCAAGUUACAGGCUGAACAGGGACCUGCGGACCUUACAGGGCCUCGACUACAUUAUUUGUCUUCGUGGUUUGAAAAAGGUCGACUUUUUCGAUUUUGAUAGAUGGAAGAGCAAUGGUGUGAUUGAGCAAGUCCGUGAUUACCGGUUUGUCAUGCACGUCAAGAACAAUGUCUGCCGCUCAAAGGCACCCCACGACGCUGAGACGUCGGAGAUACGAAACCUCGCACCUACAGUGCCCGGCUACGUUAUGGAGUCCGGUGACUGGGACGCCUUGGAGCGCUUCUUGACCAAGCACUUCGGCAUCCAGACUGAGCAGAUACCGCUUCAACGCGGGUACGCACCCGUGAGAUCGCAACCGGUCAGCACAUUCAUUGUAAUCGACAGUGACAGCGAAGACGACUCCGACUCUCGCUCCAGCGUCCGAUUUGGUUCCGGUUCAGGGAUUUUAGAGGAAAGACAAAGCAUGAGCAGUGCCACCUCGGCCAUAGAGGAAGAUCGCAGCAAUCCUGGUUCCGAGCAGCCGAUGGCCAGUACAGAGAGCAAUGCUGGGUCUCUGGAUGAGGUCAUGGAUUUUGACGUUAUUGACCCGGCAGAUGAUGAGAUGAGCGAUAAUGAUGAAGAUGGAGAUGACCUUGGCGAUGCUAUGGACUUGGGAGAAUAG